CCCAAUAGGCACUCCGGCGUGUACUCACAUAACCAUCAACAACACCACCACCACCACCAGUAGCCAUUCCCAUAUCUGUCACUUCUUCUCCAUCACACAUCUGCUUCGCCAGUCCCAUGAUCAACUCUGUGCCCUACUCUGGUUCGGUGGAGGAUUGCAACAGAUUCCUUUCACAAUGUUCGCUAGCCUUGGAGAUGCAGCAGCACAGAUUCCCCUCUGACAGGUCUAAAACUGCAUUUAUUAUUACUCCGUUAACAGGUUGAAAGUUACAAUGGGCAGAAUCUAUUUGGACCCAAAAUGGACAUGUCACUCUAAGGGUCCUUUUUCCAAACAAAAUAGAAGAUACAUUAGUGGGUGAGAAAUUAUAUCUUUUACGACAAGAAAACUAUUCUGUUCAAAGUUACUCUCUUCAUUUCUGCACACUAGCAACCCCCAAUGGCUAGAAUGAACACUCCCUUGUUAACCACCUAUUGACUAGGCUUGGAAUUCCAGUUACGUUUACAUUUCUCUGCACACAAUGAUACCAUUGAACUAAAACAAUUAAUCAAAUUCUUCACGACUACAUAGAGGUUUCAUGGAGUAUCACAACCCUCCAGAUUCUCAACAUGAACCCAUCCAGGUGGAUACCACCUGACUAUCCUCAGCUGAAUGUCGACAUCGGUUGACCCAGAAUUUAUACAUAUACUGUAGAGAAAAUGGACACGUAAUCAAGACAUGUCCCAUCCAUCCUCCACAACCUGCGAUGAGUGUGGUUUCUACUGCUCCAAUGAUUCCUAGGUAUUACCAAUUUCUAUAGAAAUUUAAUUCUUCAUUACAGUUUCAUCACCUCUUUGUUGACAGAUCUACUAAAAGAUAAGCCCAAGUCUCUGAAAACCCUUUCAUUCUGGAGGUAGAUGCCUCCAAUUCUGGAGUGGGAGCUCUACUUUUCCAGCAGCUGGGGACCCAUCCAUGACUUCAUCUACGAGCCUUAUACUCCGAGAAACUCACCCCGGCGGAGCAGAACUACAACAUUAAAAAUUGUGAGUUACUGGCCAUCAAAGCAGCACUGGAAGAAUGGAGACACUGGUUGGAAGAAGCAAAACAUCAGUUUCUUAUAUAUAUGAAUCAUCGUCUCAACAAGCUAAAAGUCUCAACCCCAGGCAGGCCAGUGGGUUUUACUCUUCACCAGAUUUGACCUCCUGUCACUGUCAAGCUGACACUCUCUCUAGAAUCCAUACUCUUGAAGAUGCUGAACCUGUUUUCCCAGGUAAGAUAAUCAGCCUAAUCCAGAAGGCCCUGGAGAAAGAGAUCAGAAAUAACAGUAACUCCAAUCCAGCUCCACCGGGGUGUCCACCCAACCUUUUCUACAUUCUACACAGUCAAAUAUUAACCCACAUAUCAAACCGUCUCACUGCUAAAAGAUCGCUUCUGGUAGCCUGGAAUGGGCACUGACAUCAGAAGGUACGUGAGAGAAUGUCGGGAACGUGCAAUGUCCAAAGCUCCUUGUCAUCUUCCACCUUGUAAGCUCUUUUCCUCUUGUCAUUCCUUGGCAUCUCUAGUCAGACCUAGAUGUUGAAUUGGCACCAGAUUUGCCACCAUCUGAUGGAAUCUCCUGUAUCUUUGUGGCAGUAGACCGAUUCGAAAUCUUGUUCAACCAUGUGUUUCAAAACCACGCCAUUCCUGAGGAUAUUGCAUCCGAUUGAGGUCCCCAGUUCAUCUCCCAUGUUUGGAGAGCUUUUUUCUCUCUCCUAAGUAUGACAAUCAGUUGAUCUUCUGGUUACUAUCCUGAGAGCAAUGAACAAACAGAGAAAAAAAUCCAGGACACAGGCAGAAAUCUGUACCUUGUGCCAUGACCACCAGAACAUCUGGAAUUAAUUCCUUGCGUCUGCUAACUUCCUCCAUCAACUUUCCACAGAGAUCACUCCUUUUCUGUGCAUAGUCAGCUACCAACCACCUCUGUUCCCCUGGUCUGGGGAACCUUUGGACAUUCCAUCUAUCCAUCACUGGUUGAGGGAGAGUAAGAGUGUGCAGUAAGGCGUCAUACUAUUCAGACGAAUGUUUGGAGAGCCCCAACUCCAACUUACCAUCCAGAACAGAAAGUAUGGCUCUCCACCAAGGACAUUGGUCUUAGACUACCCUGCAAGAAGCCAGGUCCCAGAUUCAUUCAAUCUUACCACACAAACUUAAUAAAGCUAAGAUAAAGUGUAAAUCUUGAAUACAGUUAAAACAAAUAUAUGUCAAACAUGAAAUGCUUCUAUUGCUGUCAGGAUAUCACAAAAGUCUUACUCACAAUGCAAGACAAAAACUUCCUCCUCUCCAUCUCUCUUUGUUUUGAUCGUGAAGUUUGAUCUUUGAUCCGUCAAAGCAGAAUUCCCUUCACUGCCAUGCAACCCACACUUUUGGAACCACUGCUCUAGAGUAGAAGUGGAAAUUACUCUUUCACAACGUUCAAAUAUAAAUGUUUAUUUAUUUAUUUAUUUAUUUUUUUUUAACAGGCAGAUCAUGUAUGCAGUUGUGAUUUUGCAAGACUCAGAUGAGGUGAUGGUGGUGUCAUCAAACUGGUUGAGUCAUGAUAGAAAGCUAUGCCACUGGCCUCCAUUUAAAUCCACAGAGAAGUGUAUUGAAGCUGUUCAGAACAGACAUAAGCCUGAAACAGGAGGGAAACCAUGGGAGAAACUAAAUGUUAGCUUUCACAGCGAAUAUGUCACAUUUGAUAAGGCAAAAGAGGUGGAAAAAGAAGUAAGGGAACAGAAGGAACGAUCUUAUCUAUUAGCCACCGGAUUCUCUGGAAUAAAGAGACAAAGACUUGAAAACUUUAAAGGAAUUUCAAAUAAUCAGCUUCAAUCAUUUGCUCCAGAGACAUCUACACCUAUAUUUAGAAUGUCAACUGAUGAGAAAGCUGAAAUCCUCGAAAUGCUGAGAGACAUCAAGAGCAUGGUUCAGCAAAACUCUACCAUGUUAAAUAAGCUAAUCAAAGAUAAUGCAGUUUCUGAAGCCCCCAGCAGUAGCAGCAUCGUGCCUCCUAAAGAGAUGAACAAAACUACAAACCUAAAAUUGCCUCUAAAAACAUUUGACGAUGUGGCCAGGAUUGAAAGAGAGCUCAACAAUGCAACAACACGCAAAUUAUAUGUAAAACAUCUGUCAGAACUUGGAGGUUUUGGGCCAAAAGAUGUUAUUAAGCACAUAAUGCAAAGUGUCCUAACAGAUGAUCUGGCAAAGGAGUUUAACUGGCAGGGCAGAGGAGAUAAAAAGGCCUUCUCUCAGCUUCUUUUAGCAGAUGUGAUCAGAGAUGCUGCAUUUAAACGAAGCAUCAUCAGGCUUGAAUGUGAAAUGGAAAUUAAAAAGUAUCUAAGUUACAAAGCUCAUCUAGUCGCUCGGAAGAGACCAAGACAAGAAGGCGGUCCUGUGGUUGAGAUCUCAGAUAGGAUUUCUCCCACACCCAUUGACGACGACGACGACAUUGAUUGGAGCAUUUUUAAUUGAGUUUUUUGAGUUGGUUAUGUAGAUAAAGUUACACAUUAGACAUCCAUUUCUGAGACGUGUGUUAUUUUGACAUUGCUUAAUGAAUUAUUAUGAUUUUAGGCAUUACUUUCGAAAUAUUAAAACAAACAAUAACAUGUUGCAAAUAGGCUUUUAAAUAUAUUUGUCAUGUGCAGUGUUUCAUUCAAUUUAAUGUUAUGAUUUUCAUUUAAAACAAACCAAAAUUACACUCAAAUACAGAGUCAAUUUGUUUUCUUGCAAACCAAGUUAUUGUAAUGUGUGACAGUACUGUACACAGCAUUGUUUAUGUAAGAGUCUAAAUUACCAUAUGCAUUUGUUUAUGCUUACAAAACAUGUAUUUUUCACCAAAGAAGGUUCAUACUGACUCCAAAGGCAGAUACUAAAGAGAUCAGGGCCUGGUGUGUGGACUUUGGGGAUUUUACAAUGUGGUCAAUUUUUGAUUGUUCAGUUUGAAUGUCUCAGUAUUUGAGCUUUGGUCACAUGGUCAAGAAAGAGACAAAAUAAUUGGUAAACUUUGCUCUGCACUUUUCAUGCUCUGUCUCUCCCCCACUCUCUCUCCCUCUUCCUGUUACUUUCUCUAUUAGGUAACUUUAUUUUUACAUUUAA